GCGGCCGCGGCCACGGCGACGUACGGCCCCAUCACCGCCGACAUGCUGGCCGAGCGCACCCUGGACGGCCUCCUCGCCGAGCACCCCGGCGAGCUGGUGCGCACGGGCAGCCCCCACGUCGUGUGCACCGUGCUGCCCACGCACUGGCGCUCCAACAAGACCCUGCCCAACGCCUUCAAGGUGGUCGCGCUCGGCGACGUCGUCGACGGAACCCCGGUCACGGUGCGCGCCGGCAACGACGAGAACUUCUGCGCCGAGCUGCGCAACAACUGCGCGCCCAUGAAGAACCAGGUGGCCAAGUUCAACGAUCUUCGGUUCGUCGGCCGCAGCGGCAGGGGCAAGAGCUUCACGCUGACCAUCAUCGUGGGGUCGGUGCCGCCGCAGGUCGCCACCUACAACAAGGCCAUCAAGGUGACGGUGGACGGGCCGCGCGAGCCGCGCUCCAAGACAAGAAACCAGGCGUUCCACCCGUUCCCCUUCGCGCCGCGGCCCUUCCCGUUCGGGGGGCCCCUGGACCCGCAGCGCGUCGGCGACCCCCUGGCCUCCUUCAAGCUGUCCGGUAAGUAGC